AACGUUUCUUUUAUAUGGAAAAAAUGCUACCGGAAGGGUUGUCAUCGCAUAAGGCUCAAGAAGAGCACGGCGGCAUAGGUAGAAGAGGGACUUCGGGAGGAAUGGCCGUUCCCAUGUUCCUACUUGCGCCUGAUCUCAGCGUCUCCAGGCUCUGCUUCGGAACCAUGACGCUUGGGGAGCAGAACACGGUGCCGCAGUCCUUCCGUCUUCUCGACGCGGCCUUCGAAGCCGGCAUCAACUUUCUCGACAGCGCCGAGAUGGUAUCUGCGUCUGUGCUGACUUCUCUUUCUGGAAGAAGGUAUCCGGUGCCGCAGCGCAGAGAGACCCAGGGGAGGAGCGAGGAGUACAUUGGUCGUUGGAUGCGCGCGCGGAAUGUACCACGCGACCGCAUUGUUCUUGCCACCAAGGUGACAGGACCUUCUGGUCAGAUGACUUGGAUACGUGGGGGACCUAAAUCAUUGGAUGCUAAUAACAUUUUAGAGGCUAUCAAUGACAGCUUGUUGAGACUCAGCACAGACUACAUCGACCUUUACCAGAUACAUUGGCCUGACCGUUAUGUUCCAAUGUUUGGAGAAACUGAUUAUGAUCCACGUCAACAGUAUGGGUCUGUAGCUAUAGAGGAGCAGCUUGAUGCUCUUGGAAAAGCUGUUGAUUCUGGCAAGAUCAGGUACAUUGGGCUCAGUAAUGAAACACCAUAUGGUGUGAUGAAGUUUCUUCAUAUUUCUAAUUACAUUCAGUCCAGCCCUAAGAUAAUCACUGUGCAGAACUCCUAUAACUUGCUCUGUCGAAAUUUUGAUUGUGGAUUAGCUGAGUGCUGCCAUCAUGAGAGCAUUAGCUUGUUAGCUUACAGUCCAAUGGCAAUGGGCAUACUUUCAGGGAAGUACUUUUCAGCAGGAGGAGGCCCAUCAGAUGCGAGAAUGAAUCUUUUUCGAGGAAGGUACUCUGAAGGUGAAUCCAGAUACAACCUCUCAAAUGUAACCUUGAAAGCAGCUGUUGAGGAUUACAUAAAUAUUGCCAGAAAGUUUGGUCUCUCUCCUGCAUCUCUUGCAAUAGCAUUUGUGUUGAUUCACCCUCUUGUGGCAAGUGCCGUUUUUGGUGCAACAAAAGUUUGGCAACUUAGGGAGGUGGUCGAAGCUUGUAAUGUCCAUCUUACAUCAGAAAUGACUGCAGAGAUCAACAAGGUUCAUGCAAGAUAUCCAAAUCCUUGCCCGUGACCAGGUCCCUAUAUUAAUUAUAUUUAUUGUUCUAAUUGAUUUACUGAAAGAGAUCCCUUUUCAUGUGUCUUUAACCAAUGUUCAGAGAGGGAAAGAAAAUUCAAAAUGAUUAAAUGGUCUGGAUUUUGUGUAUGCUGCAGGCAGCUAUAUUGCAAACCUGGAAUUAGUUUUGAUCUUUGUUUGCUGUAUAUUAUUUUUCUGCUCCUGGA